UAUAGUUCCGGCCUUUCCGGUAACCAGAAAGUCCAGCUGAAUGAGGCUUGUGGAUGUGGCCUUCUAAAGAUGGAGGUCAAUAAUAAUAGUCAAGCUGAAGAUCUGGAAGGGAAUCACCCAGACAAUACUAACCCCACACUGACACAAGCUGAAGACGUGGACGGGAAUUACGCAGACAAUAUUAACCCCACACAUGUACAGAUACAAGCUGAAGACGUGGAAGGGAAUUAUCCUGACAAUACUAACCCCACACUAACACAAGCUGAAGACGUGGACGGGAAUUACGCAGACAAUAUUAACCCCACACAUGUACAGAUACAAGCUGAAGACGUGGAAGGGAAUUAUCCAGAUCUAGACAAUACUAACCCCACACUGACACAAGCCGGAGACUUGGAAGGGAAUUACCCAGACAAUAUUAACCCCACACUAACACAAGCCGGAGACUUGGAAGGGAAUUACCCAGACAAUAUUAACCCCACACAUGUACAGAUACAAGCUGAAGACGUGGAAGGGAAUUAUCCUGACAAUACUAACCCCACACAUGUACAGAUACAAGCUGGAGACUUGGAAGGGAAUCAUCAAGACAAUUCUAACUCUUCCAUGAAUUGUUCGGACAAUGUUAACCUCACCCUUACACAAGCUGAAGAUAAGGAAGGUCGGAAUACUAACUACACACCUGCACUUAUACUAGCUAAAGAUGUGGAAGGGAAUCCUUCAGAAAACACUAACCUUACCUUGAUAGUUGGGGGAGAGGAGAUGACCUGCAGUCGAGACAAGUUAUCCAGCAACAGUGAUUAUUUCAAAGCCAUGUUCGACAGCAACAUGAAAGAAAGUACCUCAGACUGUAUCUCUUUAGAGCAGGUUGACCCAGAAGCCAUGAGGAUUAUUUUGGACUUCCUUGUUACCGGAAGGCUGGAUUUGACACAGGACAAUGUUCACAUUGUCACAGAGACAGCAUGCAUGUUUCAGAUAAAGCUUGUGAUUGACCUGUGUUGUGAGUUAAUGGAUGACUUGCUGAAUGAUGACAAUUGUUUGGCCAUCUUGUCACUUACACACACGUUUGCACUGGAAGAACUUUUUCAGAAAGCUAAACGUCACUGUCUUUGGUAUUUUUCGGAGAUUGUACCAACAUCAAAUUUCGUGGAUAUAGAUGUGGAUCUUCUGUAUGAGAUACUGUUGGACAGAAAAUUGGUUGUGAACUCAGAAAUGAAGGUUUAUGACGCAAUAGAAAAAUGGGUAUCCCACAAUAUCUCUGAAAGGAAGAUGCAUCUAGAAGAGUUAUUUCCCUUGAUUCGAAAGGAAGCGUUCACAGAGGAAGAGAUUUCCAUGUUGAGGCAGAAAACAAUGCUACAAGACUAUCAACACAUGUUUGAAAAGUCAGAUACUUCACCUUCAGGGAAGCAGAAAUACCGGGCAGUUCCUUACUGUCUCUGGAGUCUUGGAGGACAAGAUGACUAUGAUGAUAUUUAUGCCUCUGAUGAUGAACUAGACAUGGAACCACCACCCAAAAUCCUUAAACUCAGUGAUAUUGACACAACAUGUACCUUUGAGAGUAUUCCAAUGGAUGAACAAGACCAUCCAUCUGUGAUACAACAGGAAACUGGCUACAGUGUCUGUGUCCACGGUAAGGAUAUAUAUGUGAGUGGGGGUCUGACUUCUCUGGGCCCUGGAAGAAACAGCUGGCUGAUGGAUGUUUGGAAACUUGACACGUUUACCUCAGUUUGGGAGAAUGUAACUCAGCUCCGGUCACCACGACGACAUCACACCAUGAUCUGCGUUGGCGAGUCGCUCAUCCUAAUAGGGGGAUUUGGAAAGUAUCGUAUGAAAUUGAAAACCUGUGAGGAGUUCAAUAUGAAAACAGGAGAAUGGAAAGAUUUACCUCCAAUGCCAGAAGAAUCAUUUUUGAUUGCUGCAUGUGCUACAUCGUCAAACCGAAUAUAUGCCUUCAAAUCGAGAGCCUUUUACUACGAUCUCGGCUCAUCCCAUUGGAGUAAGGUGGCAUCCUCAGUGUACAGUUUGAAGAAGCUAGUACCAUCCACAGCUGUGUACAUACCCAGUAAAGACUGUGUCUACAUAGUGUCCCGCUACCACAAAGACCUACUCUGUUUCAAUCUGGCAACACAGACUCUGACAACAGUUGGACAAUUUCAGUAUGGUGAGGCAGCCAGCAAUGCUGUGGUAUACAGAGACCGGGUAUGUCGGUUCACAGCCCCUGAGGUCAGUCCUGUACUCGAGUGGUAUGACUUGGUAAAAGAAGAAUUCAGCUGUAGGUCAGAUCCGGUCGAUGGAAUCUCGGUGCUCAAUUUUCAUCUCCUACCAAUUCCAGAUAUGUUAGAACAGUAACAAUAGGUUGAGGCCCCAGGAACAUAAACUAGUCUCCAGAUUUCAAAUGUUGUUAGACCUGAAAAAUACUAGUGUUCCACCCUUUUGAUCCUAUUUUUUGUGCCAACCAUGAAGUUGUUUUGAUGGCCAGCUGGCCAUUCACAAGGAAGGACUAUCAAAGUCCACAUUCCUUGUCUUUAUAACUGAAGUAAAAACUAUUUUGAAAAAAUUGAGAACAUUUCCUGACCUACUUACUCAAUUAAUUUUCUGGCAUGUUACAGGAAUCACAACAUAGUCCAGGUAUUAAUUUUAGGCCUUAUCAGUAAACAGUACAAUAUUGAUAUAAAAAGAAAAAACAUUGUUUUACUAAACUCAGAUCUUAGUAUUGUUCAGGAAUUCAGGUAUUUAGAAUUUGGACUAAUUGCUUUAUGUUCCUGGAGCAAAAAAAAACAAUAUGAACCUAUGGUUAAGGUUGAUGUGAAUAGUUUUAAAGUGUGUUAUCUUGAUUCAUAUAAAAUCUUAUUUUUCCAAAUGUAAAACAUUAAAACAUGCACUCUUCUAUAAAGGGGACAAGCUUAAAACACUUCACAUUAGACUACAGGUGUCCUAUUUGUAGUACAAAAGUCAGUUCAAUGUUUUCAUUAUGUAGAAAAUGUUCAAAGAAUGAAAAUAAUUUAAUAUAUGAACAACUUGGAAGUAAGAUAUCCUAAAUCUAAUGCAGAUUUACUUUAGUUCUCAAUAUAUUAUCUUUAUAAAUGGACUUAACGUGAAGGAUAAAUAAGAAUGAGGACAACAGGAAGGAUAAGUAAGAAUGAGGACAGUGUGAAGGAUAAGUAAGAACGAGGACAGUAUGAAGGAUAAGUAAGAAUGAGGACAGUGUGAAGGAUAAGUAAGAAUGAGGACAACAGGAAGGAUCGUGAAGGAUAAGUAAGAAUGAAGACAACGUGAAGGAUAAGUAAGAAUGAGGACAGCAUGAAGGAUAAGUAAGAAUGAUGACAGUGUGAAGGAUAAGUAAGAAUGAGGACAGUAUGAAGGAUAAGUAAGAAUGAGGACAACAGGAAGGAUCGUGAAGGAUAAGUAAGAAUGAAGACAACGUGAAGGAUAAGGAAGAAUGAGGACAACGUGAAGGAUAAGUAAGAAUGAGGACAGUGUGAAGGAUAAGUAAGAAUGAGGACAGCGUGAAGGAUAAGUAAGAAUGAUGACAGUGUGAAGGAUAAGUAAGAAUGAGGACAACAGGAAGGAUAAGUAAGAAUGAGGACAGUGUGAAGGAUAAGUAAGAAUGAAGACAACGUGAAGGAUAAGGAAGAAUGAGGACAACGUGAAGGUUAAGUAAGAAUGAUGACAGUGUGAAGGAUUAAGUAAGAAUGAGGACAACAGGAAGGAUAUGUAAGAAUGAGGACAGUGUGAAGGAUUAGUAAGAAUGAGGACAACGUGAAGGAUAAGUAAGAAUGAGGACAGUAUGAAGGAUAAGUAAGAAUGAGGACAACUGGAAGGAUAAGUAAGAAUGAUGACAGUGUGAAGGAUAAGUAAGAAUGAGGACAGUAUGAAGGAUAAGUAAGAAUGAGGACAGUAUGAAGGAUAAGUAAGAAUGAGGACAGUGUGAAGGAUAAGUAAGAAUGAGGACAGUAUGAAGGAUAAGUAAGAAUGAGGACAGUGUGAAGGAUAAGUAAGAAUGAGGACAACGUGAAGGAUAAGUAAGAAUGAUGACAGUGUGAAGGAUAAGUAAGAAUGAGGACAACGUGAAGGAUAAGUAAGAAUGAGGACAACGUGUGAAGGAUAAGUAAGAAUGAGGACAGCGUGAAGGAUAAGUAAGAAUAAGGACAACGUGGAGGAUAAGUAAGAAUGAGGACAACAGAAAGGAUAAGUAAGAAUGAGGACAGCGUGAAGGAUGAGUAAGAAUGAGGACAACGUGAAGGAUAAGAAAGAAUGAGGACAACAGAAAGGAUAAGUAAGAAUGAGGACAACAGGAAGGAUAAGAAAGAAUGAGGACAACUGGAAAGAUAAGUAAGAAUGAGGAUAACAUGAAGGAUAAUUAUAUGUAGGAAUGAGGUCUAUCUAAUAUAAAGGUAUCAGAGUGCAGUUUAAACUGUUUUGUAGGUAUGUUAUUUAUGGAAUUUAAACCACAGAAGUUUGAUGCAUCAAUAUAUGUAGUAUAUAACCUUGGUACCAUUAUGUUACAUUAAUAUAACACAGAUGUACCAAUAUACAUGUCUAUAUAAUAUUACAUAUUGAUACAUCAAACUCAAACGUUUAGACCAAAUAUCCAAAUUGUCUCGAUAAUAUCAGACAAAGAAGGUUUUUUCCGACUUGAAAUCAGUCAUAAUAUUCUAAAAGCCUGUUGUAUUACUUCUGUUGACCAAUGGUCAGACCAGAAACUUUUCUCACCUGACAACCAAUUGUUGGACCAGGAACUUUUCUCACCUGACAACCAAUGGUCGGACCAGGAUUUUUCUCACCUGACAACCAAUUGUUGGACCAGGAACUUUUCUCACCUGAUGGUUGUUGUUAUACAUAUUAUGUGUGUAAGGUUAUCUGUUCAGUGUUUGUACUAGGCACAUCCAAAUGGAAGUUACAAUUGCAUGUUAGAUUUCGAUUCUGUAAAGUGUUACGAUUAUAUGCUACCUCAAUCAUAUACUUUGAUUACAUUACUAAAAGUGUUACUGAUAGGGGUGGCUGUAAUUGUGAUAGGGGUCACUGUAAUCGUGAUAGGGGUCACUGUAAUCGUGAUAGGGGUGGCUGUAAUCGUAAUAGGGGUCACUGUAAUCGUGAUAGGGGUCACUGUAAUCGUGAUAGGGAUCACUGUAAUCGUGAUAGGGGUCACUGUAAUCGUGAUAGGGGUCACUGUAAUCGUGAUAGGGGUCACUGUAAUCGUGAUAGGGGUCACUGUAAUCGUGAUAGGGGUCACUGUAAUCAUGAUAGGGGUCACUGUAAUCGUGAAAGGGGUCACUGUAAUCUUGAUAGGGGUCACUGUAAUCGUUAGUAAUGGGAGGGGCUAUGUAGGCAGUAAAACAAAACCUGUCAAAUAUGAAAGCCCUAUCUCAUCCAAUUACUAUAUUGUGGCCAAGUUCUUGUUACCAGGAACACACUUGUGAAAUACUUAGUUGUAUCCUCAAAAGUAUUGAAACAACACUGUUUUAUUAGAACAAAACAUUAACUUAGCUAUGUAUGGAUACUGACGAAUGCCAAUACCAGGGAGUCUGGAAAUCAUCCUGGCAAACUAAAAAUUCACCCGUUAAAAAGUACAAUGUGAAGUAGUUAAUAGAAUUAGUACUGUGUGCUAAUGUAGAACCUUCUUCUCAAACCUGAUUGUAAGACAAAGUCUAAGGGUUUUAAUAUAAUACCAGUAUUUAAAAUAAGGUGAGACAGAGACAGAAGAAAAUAUUGACAUUGUUUUAUUCCUACUUCUAUAUAGAAAAGUGUGGUGGCCACCAUGAAUACAUGUACAUAAGAAAUAUGUACUCUAUAACAUAUUAGUGUUGUGAUAACUUCUAUAUAGAAAAGUAUGGUGGCCACCAUGAAUACAUGUACAUAAGAAAUAUGUACUCUAUAACAUAUUAGUGUUGUGAUAUACAGAAGACAUGAAUUUCAGUUUUAUUUAAGAUUAAGGAAUAAAUUGAUCAUUUUACGAAGUAUCUGGCAAAAGAUGAAAAUGAAGGAAUUACAAAAAACAAAUGCAAGAAUCUGUUUAUCAAAUAAACAAGCUUGUAAUGUUUUAAAUUCAACUUCUUUUAAACAAUAUAUAGUUUAAGUUUAAUUUGUUUACACAUAAAACACAUUAAACAAUAACAGUUCUACUUCAAAGUAAAGUACAUGCAUGUCAAGCCAGUUAUGACAGUAUACACUACUAAUAUAUCAAGUAAAAUGUAGUCUAAACAUAACUUACCUAUAUAUAGAUUAUCAUUGCUUAGCAUGGUGUUUUUUCUCAUACAUUAUGUACAGGUAGAUAAUGAUUUCAUCAAUCACAAAAAACAUAAUAAAAUGUAACGUAAUAUGAUUGAAUAUACAUAGUAUGUAAGACUUGAGUCUUAGAUUGUCACAUGAUCAGAAGUCAGCUUCACUUGGAAUUACACAUCGGUCGCCUGUCCGAACACUUUGUCAGUUGUCUGUCGGCUUAUUGUUAAGGCGAACACUUUGUCAGUUGUCUGUCGGCUUAUUGUUAAGGCGAACACUUUGUCAGUUGUCUGUCGGCUUAUUGUUAACAAUGUGAUAACAGUUGUUUGAAUGACGGAAGCAUCAUUCAUUCUUGAUCCUAAUUUACUUGUUCCGUUUUUUUUAAAGAGAUUUUAAAAUCAAAACAACUUUGCAGGACAAAAUUUGCAGUGUAAAAUAUUGUUACAUACUACAAAUCUAUGUUUUAGUAUAAAAUGAUGGAAGAAAUACUCACUAUAGUGGCACCUCAGAAUUAAAAGAUGUUCCUGGUACAAAACUGAACAGAAAAUCAAUGCAUGGGUUUUUUCCUUUUGAUAUAAAUGUCUAUACACUUGUUAUUGUGUGAUUCUAAUGAGACUCGGGAGAUUCCUGGCUCUGAAAUCUUGCCAUAGCAUGUUCAAAUCAACUCUACACAUUACCGAGUACUGUUUGUUAAGUUUUUACUCUUGUUGAUCAAUAUAUUCCAUAUGUUUUUUACAUUUCCAAUAAAGUUGAUGAUUUUCAA